UCUGCCGCCUUUCUUUCCCGCCAACAGGCACAAUCCAUUGGUCAGACUCGAUCUGAACUCCAUUGUUGGGAGCUCUUGUCCAUGGCUUAUGUUCUAGCGGUAAAGAGAUUGGCAUCAUUAUCAUUUAUUUAACUAAAAGCAGAAGGUACUGCGCAGGCUUUUAUUAUUGUCCUUACCCGGUGAGAAAAUCGGUCACUUAGUGUGACGUAGAUCUUUCGGAAGCUUCAAUGGAUGACAUGGAUAUGUAUAUUCCUCUUCCUGAAGAGCUUGAAUUACUCGAAGCCAAUUCUCACAUACAAGAAGACUAUCUCGACCUCCAGCCUCCCGAAGACGACGAUCGUUUUUACGAGGACCCCCAGCCCAACUUAUCAACAUCAUCGUCGCCGCUAAAAUCAUCGCGGUCCUCCAUUGAGCGGCAGAUUAAUGGAAACAAGCGGUCUAGACCCUACGCCCUCGAUUUACUUAGUCAGGACAAUAGUGAGUUCCCAUCUGACGAGAAGAGAAACAAAGCUGAUUGUUUGCGGCUGCACUUGGAAGAGGAAGAAGAAGAUUGGCUAAGGCGCUCGCCGCAGCAGGAGAGUAACCCUGGGGUGGAGGUGGUAGAACUGGAAAUUCCAAAUGAGAAGAUAAUAUCGAGGUAUGCUUCCGAGAUUGACGGGGAAUGUAUACCCAUCACUGCACCAAAUGGCGGCGACAGAGUCUACGCGAGGAUCUGUCGUUUGGAGGGAGAGGAGAGAAUAAAGAAACUAAAUCUCAGAGCACAGUCUAAUGGUCUUAUUUUGGAACCCAUCAAUAGUCUGCUGCAGAAAGCAGAGCAAGAGGCUUUCGCCAAGGCCUUGCAGGCUAGUUGUGGAGGUCGGAGUGAAAGCAUUCUUCCGGAAACUCCUGUGGUUCAUGAACAACUUUGGGUGGAUAAAUAUGCACCACACUCCUUUACGGAGCUUCUCAGUGAUGAACAGACAAAUCGUCAGGUUCUGUUAUGGUUGAAACAAUGGGAUUCUUGUGUCUUUGGAUCUGAAAUCAGAAGCACAUCAGAUGAGGUUUUGUCUGCAUUGAGACGACAUUCUGCUGCUGCUCAACAUGAGAAACUUUCUGAUUCAAAUUUUAUGAGGAAGAAUCAAGGACAAAGAUGGGGCAAUGGAAGACCUCAAUAUGCAAAAGAUUUAGACAGUGGAAACAGUGAUUUGAAACGCAAUCAAGACUUAUGGAGUCAGAAAUCAAGGCACACUGGUCCACCAGAAGAGAAGGUCCUUCUACUCUGUGGUGCCCCAGGGCUUGGGAAAACCACCCUAGCACAUGUAGCUGCCAAGCACUGUGGAUAUCAUGUUGUCGAGGUUAACGCUAGUGACGAGCGAUCAUCAUCAACUAUUGAAGCCAAAAUCCUUGAUGUUGUUCAGAUGAACUCUGUCACAGCCAACUGCCGUCCUAGAUGUUUGGUGAUUGACGAAAUAGAUGGAGCUCUUGGUGAUGGAAAAGGUGCUGUGGAGGUUAUUUUAAAGAUGGUCUCCGCUGACAGGAAAUCUGAUAUUGGAAAAGAAAAUCAUGGAAACAAACAAGUUGGAAGGACAUCCUCAAAAAGGGGGCAGAAAACCAUGUCGUUGUCAAGACCUGUAAUUUGCAUAUGCAAUGAUUUAUAUGCACCUGCUUUGAGACCAUUACGGCAGGUAGCGAAGGUUCAUAUAUUUGUUCAACCAACAAUAGCUCGUGUCGUAAGCAGGCUCAAGUAUAUUUGUAACAAAGAAGGGAUGAAAACAAGUUCUUCUGCCCUUGCGGCACUAGCUGAUUAUACUGAAUGUGACAUUCGUUCUUGCUUGAAUACUCUGCAGUUUCUCAACAAGAAGAAGGAAAACCUCAAUAUGGUAAGAGUUUUUUCUUUAUCAAGCUUUUCUUAUAUGGUAUUUGACACAUUCAAGAAGCUUAAGAAGCAAGCGAAAAUUUCUAAUGAUCGUUACUCCAACUCCUUGGAAUUGGCUUUUUUAUACUCUCUCAUAUCCAACCGUGGUGAUUAUGAUGUGAUUUUCGAUGGCAUCCAUGAAAACAUUUUGCAGCUUCAAUAUCAUAAUCCGAUGAUGCAGAAGACAAUUAAGUGCUUGAAUUAUCUCGGCACUUUUGAUCUUCUGCAACGAUAUAUUAUGCGGACGCAGCAGAUGUCUCUUUGUGUUUAUCGUCCUGCACUUGCAAUUUCUAUACAUCAUUUAGUAUCCCAAGUUCCAAAACCAAAUAUUGAGUGGCCAAAGUCUUUUCAAAGAUAUCGAACAACGUUGAUGGAAAAGAUGGAUAUUUUAAGGUCUUGGCACAACAACAUUCCACCAUAUAUUGGAAGGCAUUUGUCAACUAAUUCUUUUGUAGAGGAUUCUAUAUCUCCUCUACUGCAUAUUCUUUCACCAUCAAGUCUAAGGCCAGUUGAAAACCAAAAGAUUUUGCAAGGAAGAUCUGCUAAUUUAACUGAUGGCAGCAACAAGGGAAACCAGGAUUUGGUGCGGGGCCAGUCUACCAAAGUUGAUUCUGCAACUGCACAAGCGGAGAGCAAGGACAAUGCAAAGAUUAGGUCAGCAAGGGAAGGUGAUCCAAGUACGUCCACAGUUUUAUCAACUUUGGUUCCUAGUAGAAAUGUCCCGAUGAAGAAGCCUUCUGGUGGCUCUUCCAAUUACUUUGACAGGUUUAAGAAACCCUGCAAAGGUUCUAAGGAUGCAGAUAAUGCCACACAGAAGACAUCAACCUUUGGGAAAAAUUUGCAUCCUCUUCUCUUCAAAUUUAAUGAGGGUUUUACAAAUGCUGUUAAGAGGCCCGUCCGGAUGCGUGAAUUUCUGUAACAAGACAAAUUGAAGUUGUAAAACAACUUUCAUAGCAACAAUUAUUCUAUCCGUUUAUGUAUAUUUAUAUGCACACACAAAAUAUAUUACUUAACACGGAAUUACUCUUGAACACUUGGAAUCCUUUCUUUGGAGAAGUAAUUUUUCACAUCAAGCCGUCUAACAAA